GCAGCAUUAUCACCUCAAGUCCCUGGUUUACACUGGCAUUCACUGGGAAGUCUGUGGGUUUGGACAAAUGUAUAAUGACAUGUAGCCAUCAUUACAGUACUGUACAGAAUAGUUCACUGCCCUAAAAUUGCUCUAGCACUGAGCAUGUUAAUGGGCCUAGAAAGUCCUGCAAUAAGAUGCCUGCUUCAUUUUUUUUUUAAACCAAGCACAGAAUCCAUUCCCAUAUAUUUUUUUCCCAUGAUACCUAUUAACUUCCCAAGAAGUAGUGUUACAGGGCAAGGAGACCCAGUUUAACCAGCAAUGCAUUUUCAGUUCCCAGCCUAGAGUGGUUUCAUCCGUCUUUUGUAAAGAUCUGACUUCUAAGGGCAAUGUUCCUUGUCUGGUUUACUAAUCCAGGGGUUGCUUUAACCCAAGAACUAAUGACAGAGGUGGUCACCAAGGCCUGAGGUGACACCGUAAGCUGCUGUCAGAGGCAGAGGCAAUGAGAACCCCUCCUCCCAGGCCUCAACCCCCUUUGAUCUGCUGACAUCCCGACACAUCUGAGGCCUUUGAAAUCUGCAUGUGUCACUUGUGUCUCCUCAUGAUCUGUAAUAAAGGUGAUUCAGGGGUUGAGGAAUUCCUUAUUCAUCCAGCCAGUCAACCCCUCAUAGGAAGAUGAGAAAAGGUCAUCUUACAGUUCCCUAACCCUGGGCAGAAGAGCCCUGGUCCCAGGAUAUCUUAACUCCUUAGAAAAUUCCUAGGAAGAAAAAAAAAAUAUUUCAAAGACACCCUUUGUCAGUCAAUCCUACGUAAAAAUUCUCCUCUUUCAGUGUAAUCCAUUCCUUGCUUUUCUAUUCUCAAUGGCUGGAAUAAAUAAAUUCAUUUUUGUGCUUGUGGAAAAAAAACUGGCUAAAAUUAUGGGGUAGAGGGAAAAUCUCAUGUAAUAAUAAAAAACACAACCUUGAUCUUCUUGAAGGGUCUGCUGUCACCCAGCCACACUGACACUGCCCUUCUCCUCUUCAGAGGGAAGGGACUACAGCCCCUCCUCUGAGGCAGCACUGAGAGCCCACCCUCUCUCCCACCUAGGACACCCAGACGCCGUUAUCUGUUCAUCUGUGAUCGGUGCCAUCUCCACCGCUUAACAAUGCCCUCACAACUUUGUUCCCCGUGGAGUAAACGCUUUGGCUGUUAUUAUGUCCUGUCAUUGGCCCAGUGGAGGCUAUGUCAGCCAAUUACCCCCAGGUACCAUUUAGCCAACCCAUGAGGUCCCCAAGGGGAGCCCAGCCUUCAGGGUAUCACUGAAGGUGCAGUAACAAGCCUUGCCCUAAGCACUCUGCUGUUUCACAAUCAUCCUAAAUGUCCCUUUGGCCAAGGCCUGGGCUGAGCACUGGGGGAGCAGAGGAGGGAAGGGUGAAUCCAGGGGGCCCUGUCAAUCUGAUAGAGGAAAUGGAACACACACCCAGGACUCAGGCAGCUUGAGAAAUAAGAGCAAUGAAAUAAUCCUACCCGCAUGCCAAAGGAACAGGAGAGCUGUUGCUAAGAGAGGAGGAGACUUGAAGGCAGCUUAAGUUUGAGAAAAGGAAGUCAGGUUAGGUGGAAGAAGGAGCCUCUGUAGCUGAAAGGGAAUGAAGUUCUAGAAUCUAGUUCUUGGUUUUAGAUCUGAAGAGUCUUGACCUGUUCCUAAUAACUGUUUACAUUUUGAUGCUGAAUUAGAAAUGACCAGGUGGCAAAUGACCUGAGCAGAGGUUUCCUGGAUGGGAUAAAUAAGCCUCUUCUGCUAUUAAAAGAAAACAAAAAUGAAAACAACCAAAAGCCUUAGGAAACAUCAUCUGCUAAACCAUGCCUGAGCCUUCCUGUGCCACCUCCCCAGGCCUUCUUCCCUCCCUCCCAGAUAGCAUGGUCCCCAUUCUUAAUCCAGAAAUGCUUAGUGGAGAAAUCUUUUCGCUCUGGUCCAAAGUCAACCCCCAACACUUGUGACCAGAGGUCUCUGUGUCCUGCCUUCUCCAAUAGACUGAGAGGUCUCUGCAGACGGGGCCAAAAUCUCCUCCUUCUGAACUUCCUUCUUGCACAAGGGACAGAGCUGUCCUCAUCCAGAAGCCUGGGAGGCAGGAGGAGGACAGGCUAAGGAUGAUUUUCUGCGAUAGUCUUGACUCUAUUCAUGGCCUUCUGAAGCAGAAGCAGCCUGGACUUCUGCUUCACACACCUCCGUCUCCCCAGACACACACCCAGAGGGUCAGCCCCACUGGAAGUUUCCAGGGGUGAUCUUGGGAGUGAUAACCCCAGUAAUUGGAGGCCAGCAGGUGGAGAUAAGGUCGCUAAGCCAUGAUAAUGCAGGAGGUGAGCCAAGUAAAUGCUGGGUUCUGGGUCACUUUAUAGGGAUUCAUGGGGAGUUCACGGUGGAACAGACAAAAAUCUCGGUGAGUGCAUGGUAAUUUCCUAUAUGAAGAACCCAAGAGGCCUCAAGGGAUCUAAAAGGUGUUGUCGACAUACAAAUUAGGCUGACUCCAGCCAGCCAGGCUAUUUAAGGGACGAGCUGGGCCGAGAACGCAGCGGCUGUUUGCGCCCCUUCUGCCUCCCGCGCGGCCAGCACCGGUACUUGGGAGCCAUGAGCCGCCAACUGACCCAUUUCCCCCGCAGGGAGCGCCUGGGCUUCAGCGGUUGCUCCACGGUCCUCUCUGGUGGGAUCGGCAGCAGCUCCGCCUCAUUCCUGGCUGGGGUCAAGGGCUCGGCCUCCUUUGGCAGCAAGAGCCUCUCCUGCCUUGGGGGCAGCCGACGCCUGGCGCUCAGCGCUGCGGCGGGGCGGGGCGGCGGCCGCCUGGGCGGCUUCGUGGGCACCAUCUUCGGCAGCGCCGGGCUGGGGCCCGCGUGUCCCUCCGUGUGCCCACCCGGGGGCAUCCCUCAGGUCACCGUCAACAAGAGCCUCCUGGCCCCGCUCAACGUGGAGCUGGACCCCGAGAUCCAGAGGGUGCGCGCCCAGGAGCGGGAGCAGAUCAAGGCGCUAAACAACAAGUUCGCCUCCUUCAUCGACAAGGUGCGGUUCCUGGAGCAGCAGAAUCAGGUGCUGGAGACCAAGUGGAACCUCCUACAGCAGCUGGAAUUGAACAACUGCAGGAAGAACCUGGAGCCCAUUUAUGAGGGCUACAUCAGCAACCUGCAGAAGCAGCUGGAGAUGCUGUCUGGGGACAGGGUGAGGCUGGAUUCAGAGCUGAGGAACAUGCAGGAUUUGGUGGAGGACUACAAGAAGAGGUAUGAGGUGGAGAUUAACAGACGCACAGCUGCUGAGAAUGAGUUUGUGGUGCUCAAGAAGGACGUGGAUGCUGCUUACAUGAAUAAGGUUGAGCUCCAGGCCAAGGUGGACUCCUUGACAGAUGAGAUUAAAUUCUUCAAGUGCCUUUAUGAAGGGGAGAUCACUCAGAUCCAGUCCCACAUCAGCGACACGUCCAUCGUCCUGUCAAUGGACAACAACCGGGAUCUGGACCUGGACAGCAUCAUUGCCGAGGUCCGUGCCCAGUACGAGGAGGUCACCCUAAAAAGCAAGGCCGAGGCUGAGACCCUGUACCAGACCAAGAUCCAGGAGCUGCAGGUCACAGCAGGCCAGCAUGGGGAUGACCUCAAGCUCACCAAGGCUGAAAUCUCUGAGCUCAACCGCCUGAUCCAGAGGAUCCGCUCAGAGAUAGGGAAUGUGAAGAAGCAGUGUGCCAAUCUGGAGAUGGCCAUCGCCGACGCUGAACAGCGGGGGGACUGCGCCCUGAAAGACGCCCGGGCCAAGCUGGAUGAGCUGGAGGGCGCCCUGCACCAGGCCAAGGAGGAGCUGGCACGGAUGCUGCGUGAGUACCAGGAGCUCGUGAGCCUGAAGCUGGCCCUGGAUAUGGAGAUCGCCACCUACCGCAAGCUGCUGGAGAGCGAGGAGUGCAGGAUGUCUGGCGAAUAUCCAAAUUCUGUGAGCAUCUCCGUCAUCAGCAGCACCAAUGCUGGGGCAGGAGGGGCUGGCUUCAGCAUGGGCUUUGGCGCCUCAAGCAGUUAUAGCUACAAAACUGCAGCUGCAGACGUCAAGACCAAAGGCAGCUGUGGCAGUGAGCUCAAGGAUCCCCUUGCCAAAACCUCGGGGAGCAGCUGUGCCACCAAAAAGGCCUCCAGAUGAUGGACAAGUGGUUGGCUCUAUGAGCAGAAGGCUUCCUAACUCACCCGUCUCCUCCCUCUCCUUCCCUGGGCUCCCUUUCCAAGUCAAGAAAUGCUUUGUCUGUCACUACAGUCCCAACCCCAUUUCCUCUCCCUGUUGUCCUCAAGGUGUGAUGCUUCGAUGCAAGGAGUCCAGUCAGGAGCUCUCUCAGUGGCCUCCUUCUUGGUCCCGUUUCGUUGGGUCAUUGCCUGAAAUGCAAAGACAACACACUUACCCAGGAUGUUUCCCCAAGGCCAGCUACAAGCCCCUCUGCCCCCAUGCCUUUCUUGGGCCUUCACUGCCAAGGGACUCUCUUCAUCUUCUGAUUGGGAUUGUGUCCAGUCCUCUGCUUCUUCUGCAAUAAAUGAUUAAAUCUG